CUUGUCCGCUACCAAACUCCCGCCCGUGCGUGGAGUUUACUUCUUACCCCAACAUCGACGAAAGGCCUCAAACUGUUUUCGAGUGUAUCAAAAGUGUUGCGGAAGUACACGGGCGCAGCGCCCGACGGACAGGCGAGCACCUCCGGCUCAAGCCGUGGUGAUUCGCAGUCCGUGGACGCUGAAUCCGUGUCACUUGCUAGCGCUGUGACUUCCGGUAUGGCUACGAUCAUAUCGAAGCUCAAGAUCACCGGGUCCCCAUCGCCGCCACCGCUAGACGGCAACCAUAUCCUGCAAUUCUUCGAAGUGGGCGAGGAGUCUGCCAAUGCUGGCCCUGGUCUGGUGUGGAGAGUGCAUGAUGCGUACAGGAAGAGCGAUGGAAAGGAGUGUUCGGUCUUCGUGUUCGAUAAACGCGUAGCUGAAAAGUUGUACAAGCCGAAGCGCAGGGAGACCAUGAUUGAAAGGAUCCGUUACAGCGUCAUUCAGCUCGAGAAGAUGCGUAACCCUAAGAUGCUGCAGAUCAUCCACUCGCUCGAGGAAAGCAACAAUACCAUCGCGUUCGCGUCUGAGUCCGUGUUAGGCAGCCUCCAUAACAUUUUGGCAUGGCAUGAGAUGGAGUCUAUAACGGUGAACGGACUUCCGCCGGUUAUGCCCUAUCCAUUGAACCUUGGGCCGCCUGGUUCACCGCUACCAUCGCCGACGGAUUCUUCGAUGCGCCCUCCCUUCGCCAAGGAGUACUACUUCAUAGACUUGGAGUUGCGUUACGGUCUGCUUCAGAUCAUCGAAGCUCUGCAUUUCUUGCACUACACGGUGCGUCAGAUCCACCGAAACAUCUGCCCCCAGGUGAUAAUUGUCACUAAACGUGGCACUUGGAAACUCUUCGGCCUCGAAUUUGUGGAGGACAUUACGGGCCCCGAUCCGACUGAUAUGGUUCCUGUGGCGCCGUGGUCCAUAAAGAUUGCUAAGCUCUGCCAGCCGAACCUGGACUUCGUUGCUCCCGAAAUGCAGACUAACGCGCAUUGCAACAUAUUAUCGGAUAUGUUUUCGCUGGGUCUUGUCAUCUGCGCCAUCUUCAACAGCGGCAGGUCUUUGAUCCAAGCCAAUAAUAAUCCAAUACUCUACAUGAAGCAGAUGGACUUCUUGGAGCAACAAGUGGAUGCGGUACUGCCUCGCUUGCCGGGUGGUCUUCAAGAGGCAACGCAGCGUCUGCUCUCAAGGGACCCACACCCUCGACCGACGACCCAACUCCUUCCGCUGAUUAAAUACUUUAAAUGCCAGAACGAGCCGGCGAUCCAAGCGAUGCAGUUCAUUGACGUCAUCACCAUGAAAGAUCCAAGCCAAAAAACCAACUUCUAUAACGCCGUGCUACUAGAAGCAUUACCGUACAUUCCGAAGAAACUCCGCUGGCAACAUAUUUGGCCGGCGCUACAACUGGAAGUAAGGACUGCUGAGGUGUUGGGGCCUGUACUGCGGCCCAUUAUGUGGCUCACUAAUGACGCCACACAUGAGGAGUUUGAAAACCACGUUCUUCCCACGCUCAAGAUUUACUGGAAUCUGAUGAAUUCGCCGAAGAAUUUGGAGGCUUCUGUACUGCUGUUAGAGAGUAUGCACGUAAUUUUUAAGAAGUGCCAAAAAGAUGUAAUCAACGAUGAGUUGAUGCCACUGCUGUACAGCUCGAUGGAUCAUAACUCCAACCAGAUCCAGACGUCGUGUAUGAUGGGCCUACUGAAUGUCACCGAAUACAUCGAAGAGGAGGAUUUACAUUCCCUUCUCUUGGGCAAAGUGAAAACGGUGAUCGAAAAGAACAAGAGUGAUGUUAAGGUCAUCAGUUUGACCCUUGGGUUUUACGAGAAGGUUCUCGGUAGACUUGAGACGAGUGACAUCGUGGACUACCUGAUCCCAACUAUACUCGCCAUGCGCUUAAGUGACCCGGACAUUAUCAACCGGGUUGUCAAACUUUAUAAGGCGAUCCUAAUGGAAAAGAAGUUUGGAUUGACCCCCGACACAUUGGCUACCCAAUUGAUACCAUCCUUGGCACCGCAGACCAUCAAUCCUGGAUUGAGUAUCGAACAGUUUACCAACCUUAUGGAGGUAAUAUUGUAUGACAUGCUGGACAACAUUGACAAGAAUCAACGCCACAAAUUGAGAAUGGAUGGGCGUGGCACCGGGAGCCCCGAUCGUCACAGGGCCCUCCGCCAUCAGAUGAGCAAUGAAAACAUGAUCGCCCCGCCGUUUAACAUACCCAACCUGCGCGUGGAGAAGCGCAAGACUUCUAGCGCCGAGGACAUGGCGCGUAAAAACUCCGCCAGUGGCCCCAGCCCCAUCAGCGGCAUCGGUGCAUUCAAGAACAGAUUCACCCUGGGUAAAGGCAUCGGACAAUGGUUCUUCGGAUCCAGCAGCACGGCUAACAAUGAUAACAAUUUCUUGCGCGUCGGCAACGCUUCGCCCAAUCGCCGUCUAUCGGAUAACACACUUAUGACGCCUAAGAUUCGCAUUGCGCCAUCUUGCUCAUCGUCUCCGGGCGGGACCCCGGGCGGCAACAGCUCGGGCCUGCCUACACGGCGCCACUCCAGCAUUGGCCCCCAGGAACGUCGUGCAUCUGCCGUUAAUCUAUCGCCGCCAACCGGAGGUUCCAUGCCGAAUACGUCGUCGAGCGUGCCGUACUUGCUGACCUCAUCAAUGCAGUCGAUUCGUUCGCGGCGACCGUCGUGCGCUAGCGGGAGCGCAAGCGCCCAGGGCGGGUCCGGCAUCCUGCAGCAGAUCAGCAGCGGGGUGGUAAGGCACCUCCCCAUAGGAUCGCACCACAGCAUGCAGGCGCAAGUGCACGCGCCCCUCGGCGUGUUGCAGAACGCCACCGCCGCCGGCUACAACGCUCUGCAACAGACCGCAAUGGCCGUGCGCAAAUGCCCUUCACUCAACAUUACGCUCACUCGCUAGAUUGCCAGCGCAAGGAUUCUUCGCGACACUCAUCCGUAGCUGCACCGACUAACCUCUCGUAUAACUUCUUUAUUAUUUCUUCGGCAACGGCGAUUUCCGGCCCGUCUAUUCUUUAGUUAAAUCUAUGUUGUUCUGGUAAUCGCCCAUAAGAUUUAUUUGCAAUUAAUUUUAAUCGACUAUGUAUGUUUAAUUUACAUGUGUUGUGUAAAUGAAUUUAUUUUUAAAUAAAAAAUAAUUUUGAUUAUGUAUACGAAAUGGCUAUCUACAUAAAAGACACAAUUGAGAUUUAAAUUGACUAACGGAAAACAUAUCAGUAACAUCAUUUUCUAUAGCUACACAAAUAUUCUGCGAAAAUGGUCUUAAUAUCAAUUUAACAGGCAAUUGCAUUAUAUCUCUUAAACGGUCAUUUAAAUUGGAGUUUUGGAUAUUUAUUUUAAACUUUAAGGCAAAUCACCUUUAAUAAUUUCCUACAAGAAGGAUUAAACGAAGUUGAACUGAGUGAAAAUGUUUACUAAAAAAAAUAACCAGUAAUCAAAUCGUAAAAAUAAUUUUAAUCGUCAUUAUGUAAAAUCGAAAACGUUAAAUACGAUGAUACAAAUCUUAUAAUGUUGAUUUUAAAAUGUGCCAAAAACCACAAAAAUUAGUACACAUCGACGAAUGUUAUGGCUCAAUAUAAAAGAAUAAGGGGGCUUUUAACUGCGAGCACUUUAAUUUAUUUGAAAGGCUUACUUUGCGCUCGUAAAACAUGAGAGUGAAAUACUGUUUGUUAAAUGACAAUGAAAACGUUCAUAAAGUUCAGUUAUACUAUAUUAAAGCAGCAAUAUAAAUUGAACAAUAAUCCCCCUGUCGGAUAAGGGUAGGCAACGCAUCUGCAAUUGCAGAGGUCUAUGGGCAGCAGUUGCUUCGCCCUUU